AUGAGUUCUUUGAGCAUUGCAGAGAAGAAGCCUCAUGCAAUUUGUAUACCUUACCCAGCUCAGGGCCACAUAACUCCAAUGCUCAAACUAGCGAAGAUCCUCCACUUCAGAGGGUUUCACAUCACUUUCGUUAACACAGAGUUCAACCAUAAACGCCUUCUUAAAUCUCAGGGUCCAAAUUCCCUGAACGGCUUCCAUUCUUUUCGUUUUGAAACAAUCCCUGACGGUCUACCAGAGUCUGAUGUGGAAGCCACACAGGAUACACCUUCCCUGUCUGCCUCCAUCAGAAAAACAUGCUUAAGUCCAUUCAAGAACCUCCUUCACAAACUCAACAACGCCACAGAUAUCCCUCCUGUUACGUGCAUAGUUUCUGAUGGUGUCAUGAGCUUUACCUUAAUUGCUGCAAAAGAACUUGGCAUCCCAGAGGUCCUUUUUUGGACUAUGAGUGCUUGUGGCUUCAUGUGUCUCCUUCACUUUGGUGAACUCAUCAAAAAGGGCCUUACACCCCUCAAAGACUCGAGUUAUUUAACAAAUGGGUAUUUGGAGACUGCUAUUGAUUGGGUACCAGGGAUCAAAGAAAUUUUGCUGAGGGAUAUUCCUAGCUUCAUCAGAACCACAGACCCAGAUGAUCUUAUGCUGGAGUUUGUACAGGAAGAGUGUGGAAGAGCUCUGCAUGCUUCUGCAAUCAUUUUGAACACAUUUGAUGCUUUAGAGCAUGAUGUUUUGGAUGCAUUGUCGUCCAUUUUGCCUCCUGUCUACUCCAUUGGUCCUUUAAAUUUACUAUUGAAUCAAGUCACAGAUGAGGAGUUGAAUACAAUUGGAUCUAACCUUUGGAAGGAAGAUCGAGUGUGUCUAGAAUGGCUUGACACCAAAGAAACCAACUCUGUUGUUUACGUGAACUUUGGGAGCAUCACAGUUAUGACAAGGGAACAAUUGAUUGAGUUUGCGUGGGGACUUGCUAAUAGCAACCAAAACUUCUUGUGGGUCAUUAGGCCUGAUCUUGUGGUUGGUGAAAACGCAGUUCUUCCUAUGGAGUUUGUCACAGAGACCAAAAAGAGAGGUCUAUUGUCAAAUUGGUGUCCUCAAGAGGAAGUGUUAGCUCACCCAGCAAUUGGAGGAUUCUUGACACACAGUGGUUGGAAUUCAACAAUUGAAAGUUUAUGUAAUGGAGUGCCAGUUAUAUGUUGGCCUUUCUUUGCUGAGCAACCAACCAAUUGUCGAUUUUGCUGCAAGGAAUGGGGGAUUGGGUUGCAGAUAGGAAGUGAUGAUGUUAAAAGGGACAGGGUUGAGAGCCUUGUGAGAGAGUUGAUGGAGGGGCAGCAGGGGAAAGUGUUGACCAAGAAAGCCUUGGAAUGGAAGAAAUUGGCAGAAGAUGCCGCCAUUCACAAAGAUGGGUCUUCAUUUUUGAACUUUGAUAACAUGGUUCGUCAAGUUCUUUUGAGUGAGAAACUAAAAUCAAGUUAG